AUGGAAUCCAACUCACCAGCCCAAUUCCAGGGCAUCUCCCAAGCCUUGUCACUCAUUAUUGCCGCCAGAGACACAGACGAACAGGACUCCACCACCGAACCAUUUCCAGAGUACUACUCCUCAUGCGAGCAGGAAGACUCACGCGUCGACAACGCCCAGGAAGUAGCCUACAACUACGCCAUGUCCAAAGUCGUGGAGGCCGCCACCGACGACGCGCACACCAGACGGAAUUCCGGCGUAAACGUGCUGUUCACCACGGAAUGGGUCCUACCAGAGCCCACCACCAACACGACCAUGAACAAGCCAGUCUUCGAAGAACUUGGCUUCAGGCUCGCCGACCACCCAACCCUUCCUAUCUACCCUGACCUCAAAAUUUCCGAAGAGACCAGAAAGAACCUGCUGGAGGAGAUGCGCAUCCUUACCAGCUCCACAAGCCUAAGCCUUGCCCUCCGCCGGCGGUUUACCAUCAUGUGCAACCAGAUCCUAGCCCUCCACUCCCUGCUCUUCCGCCGUGGCGCUCUGGUGCUAGUCUCUGAUGGACUGAACGAAUCCCGGAACCCGCUCAAUGCCCUCAAACCACUGCAAGUGUACCACGCGCAGUCCCUAGCCACCAAGCUAGUCAUCCACCUCAACACUCUCCAGCAGCUCCUCCACAACCAGCACGAGCAAUGGCACAGCGCCCAGCAAACCAUCGCACACAUCAGUGUCGACCCGGCCAAGUCCAAUCUGACGCGCUUCAAAGAAAUGACCACCAUUGUGAUCAACACCCUCCCCAACCCCCACAAACCCGAACAACGCCUCCUUCUCAUCCUCUUCGACCUCUACGACGCCUACAUCUACACAGACUACCACCAUUUCCGACAGUGGCCGCAGAUGCUAGCCGAGGGCCGCGACCCGGCGCGCCUGGCCCUGUCGAACGCGUUGUUCCGGGCGUGGGACCUGUUGAGCAACGCCAUCGAGACGUACCAGGCGAUUACGGGCGCGCAUGAGGAUAUCACGGUGAGGUUCCUGCGGCCGGCGUAUGCGUCGCUUGAUCCCGUGUCGGCGCCGCAGGUGUGGCGUGAUCUGAGGGCUCGGUGUGCGUUCGCGCGGUGGAGGGAGCGGGUUCUCGAGAAUGAGAGGGAGUAUCAGGCGAGAUUGUGGGCGAGAUACUGGCAAGAGAAGGCGGUAAAGCAGGAGGAUGAGUUUGAUGGGGAUGAGGUUGAGGUCAAGAAGGAGGAGGAGGAGGAUGGGGAUGGGGUGGUUAGAACGGAUUGGGGGUGGUUUUGGGUGAAGAAGGAGGAAGAGGAUGAGAAGGAGGAGAAGAAGAAGGGGGUUGCUAAUUAUGAUGAAGCUGGGGCUGGUGCUGGUGCUGGCGGGGGGUCUUGUCUGCAGAAUGUCCCUUGGUGA